AUGUGCCGCUCGGCCCUGGUUUUUUUUACUACCACAUUAGUCUGCCUGCAAAACUGCAGGCCAGGUCCUGCCCCAUUCCUCCGGGCGGCCUGGAUGUUUUCAGUUGUUCUUGGACUGGGCCAAAGUGAAGACAAUAGAUGUGCAUCUUCGAAUGCAGUGUCCUGCACCAAAUGCCUUGCGCUGGGUCCGGAAUGUGGAUGGUGUGCUCAAGAGGACUUCAUUUCAGGUGGAUCAAAGAAUGAACGUUGUGACAUUGUUUCCAAUUUAAUACACAAAGGCUGCUCCAUUGAUUUAAUAGAAUACCCUUCUGUGCAUGUAAAACCAAGUGAAAAUGAAAUUAAUACCCAGGUGACACCAGGAGAAGUGCUGAUCCAGCUGCAUCAAGGAGCUGAAGCUAAUUUUAUGCUGAAAAUUCAUCCUCUGAAGAAAUAUCCUGUGGAUCUUUAUUAUCUGGUUGAUGUCUCAGCAUCAAUGCACAAUAACAUUGAAAAAUUAAAUUCAGUUGGAAAUGACUUAUCUAGAAAAAUGGCAUUUUUCUCCCGUGACUUUCGCCUUGGAUUUGGCUCAUACGUUGAUAAAACAGUUUCACCAUACAUUAGUAUCCAUCCAGAAAGAAUUCAUAACCAAUGCAGUGACUACAACCUAGACUGUAUGCCUCCCCAUGGGUAUAUCCAUGUGUUGUCUUUGACGGAGAACAUUACUGAGUUUGAAAAAGCAGUUCACAGACAGAAGAUCUCUGGAAAUAUAGAUACACCUGAAGGAGGUUUUGAUGCUAUGCUUCAGGCAGCUGUCUGUGAGAAUCAUAUUGGAUGGCGAAAAGAAGCUAAAAGAUUGCUGCUGGUGAUGACAGAUCAGACAUCUCAUCUUGCUCUUGAUAGCAAAUUGGCAGGCAUAGUGGUGCCAAAUGACGGAAACUGCCAUCUGAAAAACAACGUCUACGUCAGAUCAACGAGCAUGGAACAUCCCUCACUAGGCCAACUAUCAGAAAAGUUAAUAGACAACAAUAUUAACGUCAUCUUUGCAGUUCAAGGAAAACAGUUUCAUUGGUAUAAGGACCUUCUACCCCUCUUGCCUGGCACCAUUGCUGGUGAAAUAGAAUCAAAGGCUGCAAACCUCAAUAAUCUGGUUGUAGACGCCUAUCAGAAACUCAUUUCAGAAGUGAAAGUUCAGGUGGAAAACCAGGUAAAAGGCAUCUACUUUAACAUUACUGCCAUCUGUCCAGAUGGGACCAGAAAGCCAGGCACAGACGGAUGCGGAAAUGUGACAAGCAAUGAUGAAGUUCUUUUCAAUGUAACAGUUACAAUGGAAAAAUGUGAUGUCACGGGAGGAAAGAGCUACGCAAUAAUCAAACCUAUUGGUUUCAAUGAGACCACUAAAAUUCACAUACACAGAAACUGCAGCUGUCAGUGUGAUGACGGCAGAGGACCUAAAAGAAAGUGUGUAGAAGAAACUUUUCUAGAUGCCAAGUGCUUCCAGUGUGAUGAGAAUAAAUGUCAUAUUGAUGAGGACACAUUUCCUUCUGAAAGUUGCAAGUCACACAAGGAUCAACCUGUUUGCAGCGGUAGAGGAGUUUGCAUUUGUGGGAAAUGUUUAUGUCACAAAAUUAAGUUUGGAAAAGUGUAUGGAAAAUACUGUGAAAAGGAUGACUUUUCUUGUCCAUAUCAUCAUGGAAAUCUGUGUGCUGGGCACGGAGAGUGUGAGGCGGGCAGAUGCCAGUGCUUCAGGGGCUGGGAAGGGGAUCGCUGCCAGUGCCCGUCUGCAUCCGCCCAACUCUGUGUCAGUCCAAAGGGCCAAGUGUGCAGUGGGAGAGGCACAUGCGUAUGUGGCAGAUGUGAGUGCACCGAUCCCAGGAGCAUCGGCCGUUUCUGUGAACAUUGUCCCACGUGUCACACAGGCUGCAGUGAAAACUGGAAUUGUGUGCAAUGUCUUCACCCUCACAAUCUGUCUCAAGCUAUACUUGAUCGGUGUAAAACUUCAUGUGCUCUCAAAGAACAGCAUUAUGUGGACCAAACAUCAGAAUGCUUCUCUAGUCCAAGCUACUUGAGAAUAUUUUUCAUCAUCUUCAUAGUCACAUUCUUGAUUGGGUUGCUUAAAGUCCUGAUCAUUAGACAGGUGAUACUUCAAUGGAAUAGUAAUAAAAUUAAGUCCUCGGCAGAUUACAGGGUGUCUGCCUCAAAAAAGGACAAGUUGAUUCUGCAAAGCGUUUGCACGAGAGCAGUAACCUACCGACGUGAAAAACCUGAAGAAAUAAAAAUGGACAUUAGCAAAUUAAAUGCUCAUGAAACUUUCAGGUGCAACUUCUAA